AUGACCUUGUCAUGCUACAUCAUGGCCAUGGUCAUGACCAUCCUGAUGCUGUCUUAUCUGGCAGAUGCUCAAACCUUCACUUCGUGCAAUCCCACAAAGACUAACUGUCCGAAAGAUCCUGCCUUUGGAACCUCAGCUACAUUCGAUCUUACCAAGUCGCUACCUAAUAAAUGGAAGACUGUUGGAACUGUCACCCAAGACAAGGACGGCGUGGCGUUGACCGUCGCGAAGAAGCUCGACGGCCCCGUGCUCCAGUCCGACUUCUACAUCAUGUUCGGUCGAGUGGAAUACACCAUCAAAGCUGCACCGGGCGCUGGUAUAGUCAGCAGUGCAGUUCUUCAAUCAGACUGUCUGGAUGAGAUUGAUUGGGAGUGGCUGGGUGGAGACAACGCUCAGGUUCAGACGAACUACUUUGGAAAAGGCGAUACCACUACUUAUGACCGUGGUGCCUUUCACCCAGAUCCCGGGAACCAUGAGACGUUCAAGACUUAUACUAUCGAUUGGGAUAGUAACCGGAUUCUCUGGCAAAUUGAUGGCAAUACCGUUCGUACAUUGGAGGAAAAGAACGCCAAGGGACAGUAUCCGCAGACACCCUGCUUCAUCAAGGUGGGCCCUUGGGCUGCUGGAGAUCCUUCCAAUUCUCCAGGAACAAUUGAAUGGGCUGGUGGCCAGGUCGACUAUUUGAAAGGACCUUUUACCAUGUUCUUGAAAUCGAUCAAGGUCACCGACUACUCGUCUGGCUCUGAGUAUGAAUAUACGGAUAAGUCUGGUUCAUGGAAGUCUAUCAAAGCAAUUGAUGGCAGUGUCAAGGGCGACAGCUCAGGGGCGACCACAUCCUCUUCUACAGUCUACGCAACGGCCUCACUUACUUCCUCAAUUCCCGACACCUCACCUACGACUUCAAUCCACGACAACAACACCGCCUCCAACUCUACAUCCAACCCUACCUCCAACCCCGUGACAGCAUCCACAUCACCGUCCUCCCCUUCCUCGAGCCAACCACCACUAGCCACCGGCGCAGCAAGCAAGAGUUCACUAAACAAAUACCUCACAAUUCUACUACUACUGGCCGCCCCGUUGGCAAUAUGA